AAAACUCCUCCAACUUUCACUUUCGAAACGUCAUCAAAAGGAGGAAAUGAGAUCACAUUGCGGGCAGAGGGUUGUGCUGUGGGUAGAUCCGCUCUGAUCGGACUUGUAUAGACUCCCGCCUGUUUUAAUCUGCUUUGUUUUAUAUGUGACACAGUACAGUGAGCUGCUGCGGCAUUUUUACUUUAACUGUCUAAACCCUGAACUUUGGAGCAGGACAGUGUGCAGAGGGAGGAACUGCAGCGGAGGGAGCCUCCAUAAAUCACUUUACUCAGUGCCACACUGUGGAUGUGACACCUCCUGACCUGUGGAGCAGCUGUGGUCUCUCUGGGGUCUCUGGUGUGUGUGCAGAGGUUUGGGUGGAGGUGGUUGCAGCCAGGAGCAUGACGGAGCCGACGUUCUGGAUGGAGAAGGAAGAACUCCUUCGGUUCUUCCGCCGCCAUAAAACAGAACUGUCCUGCAUGGAGAACCCGCACAUCUUCCUCAGCCAGCUCAGAGAUCACGACCUGAUCCCGGACGACAGAUACCAGAAGGUGAGUCGCAUGAAGAGUAAGAACAACAUAAAAAGAGGCCUUUAUGACAUUCUGGACUGGCUGGAAAAAAAACAGUCAAAGCGCAUCAUAGACUUCUGGGACUGUGUCUUCAAUGAGACCAUCAUGAACCAGUACCCCACCCUGCGACUGCUGCACAACAAACUCAAGGACGGGUCUUUCCAUUUUUACCAACAACAACCAGAGAGUGAAGAAACAGAGGAGUCAGAUGAAGGGAAAAGGAAGAAGCUUUCGGCAGAUGAGGACGGACAGAAGAAGCAAGAAAACUCAGUAAAGAAGAGAAAACUAAGAAGUAGGAGUGCGUGCGAGGAGGAGGAGGAGGAGCAGGCCGGCCCGUCAUCUCGACUGACUCCAAGGAAAAAGUCCAAGAAAUUAUGCUUCUCGUCUCCCCUGAAGAAGGGACAGAAGAGCGACAUUUGGACCUGGAACAUCUACAAGACACAGCUGCCUGUGACCUGUGGACAGAAGGAGGGGACACUGGACAGACAAAGACUAGCUAAAGGGGAGAAGUGCAUUGUGUUCAAGAAACGGUGGUUUACUCCCGGUGAAUUUGAGAGGUUCGCGGGGAAGGAAAGCUCCAAGAACUGGAAGUUGAGCAUUCGAUGUCAGGGCACCCCACUGGAAAAACUUAUAAAGGAAGGUCACCUGAAGGCAGCAAAUUACAAAAGAGGGUGUAAAAAGGCCAAGAGGUCACUGGUGCUGGAUGAUCAUUCGAUAACAGUGUCUGAUGAAGAAGAAGAUGAAGACGAGGACAGCGACCAUGACAAGGAAGACCAGGUUUCAUCAAGCAGCAAAGAAAGUUCCACAGAUGACACAGAUGACGAAAGACAGACGGAGGAACGGCCUCAGCAGCAGCCACAAACCAGUACAACAAGACAUGACUGUAGCAGGAAGGUGUUCAGUGUUACAUGUGGAGCUUUAGCUGCGACAUUACACAGAAAUCGGUUUGCAUCAGGGACUCGUGGGAAGAGUCUUCGUACUGAGACGAUCUGGUUGACUCCGGAGGAGUUUGUGAAGGAGGCGUCAUGUCCAGAUGCAGAUGCCACCUGGAGGAAGGACAUCCUGUAUGAAGGGGAACCACUCAGUGUCCUCAUAGAGGGAGGCAUCUUGAGGAUCCACUCACUGCUGUGUAAAUGCGGACUGUGCAAACCAGAUAGUAGAGACCUGGAUGACCAGAAAAACGAUGAUGAGUGUUGCGUCUGUAAAGGUGCAGGAGAAGAAGAGUUGGUGGAGUGUGACCACUGCCCUCGCUCCUUCCACCAGAGAUGUCACCUGCCUCAUGUAGAGGACGACAUUUUAGGGGAUGACAGGCCAUGGAUGUGCACGUUCUGUUCAUUCAGAACCUCUCAGUUGAGUCUUCACCCAGAUCAGCAGAAGAAGGAAGAGGUCGUGUCUCGCCAGAUAUCCCAACUCAUGCUGCAAUGCCAGUAUCUCCUCCUGUAUCUGUGCAGUGCUGAUGAGGAACAAAUAUUUGCCACCAACCCAUGCCUCAACUUGCAAGAUUACUCCACUGUGAUCAAGACUCCCAUGUGGCUGGGUGAAGUUGCAGACAAACUCCAGGAGCAACUCUACCAAACGGUUGGAGAGUUUGUGUCUGACAUCCAGCUCAUUUUCACCAACUGUGCCGCGUACAACCGAGACAAUGCUGAAUUCCUCGCCAAGGGCAACGGACUGAAGGAGUUAUUCGAUGGAGAAUUUAAAAGUGUGUUCAACAUCAGUGAUAACUGAUGACGGGUAAACGGUGUUCUGUUUUCAAACUCAGUAACUUUUUGGGAUAGGUUAAGAAAUGAUGAUGUAAUGAGCCCUGUGGUAUAUGUCUUUCUGACUGAUGCCUCUGCUGCAGUCACAGUAUUUCAGAAUAAUAAUCAAUAAGAGGUAAAGGUACUUUAACUGGAAUUAAGUCAGACAGAAAUGAUCCAGUUUAACUUGAGGUCUUUUUGUGGUAAGGAUACUUGCAGUGACAGAACUGUUAGUGGCCAAGUUGCAUUGUGGGUAAUGUAGCCGCCAGGUUUUUCAUGGAUGCAAAUUGUCGCUGGAAUAAUAAUAAUAUUAGGACAAUAUCUGUUGUUCUGAUUUUGAUCCAGUGUUACAGGAGUGUACUUUUUACAAAUACUGUAGUUUGAUUAAAGUGAGUGUCACUACCAGGGCUGGGUUAAAAUAAUCGAUUCAUCUGAUCUAAAUCGAUCGUCAUUUGAAUGACACUAUAUUGAUUCAUAAAAUCCCAGAUUGAUCUUUUAAUAUGUAUGUUUCCCCGCAGAUGUGUGAAGCUUUAACCCCGUUAAUCUCGCCAUUAGUAAACGAGCCGCGGCGCUAAAUUCUUAAUGAUCAAAGUCUUGAGAAGCUCUGAAGUUACCAGCUCCUUUAUCUGUAACUGUUUGCUCACUUUUUUUAGUUUUGGUCUGUUCCACUUUUAAAGGGCCAGUGUGUAAAAUGGGUUGAAAACAGUGACAUCAGUGGUCAAAUUCUAGAUUGCAGGGCUCACUCGCUCACCCCUCCCGUCGGGUAAAUGACGGUGGCCUCGUAGGGACAAAAAGCCUUGCGCACGACUUUUUCAGGAGUAGGUCUAUCUAGCGACGAGGUGAAUGUUUAUUUAGAAAUCUAAGCCAUGUUACGAUAUUGUAAUGAAUCCCUCACGAGCAGGAGACCAGAGGAGCGUUCGGGAAAAAGGCCUGUUUAUUUGAGCACUACAGAAACUCCAGUAACACUCCACUCCGUCCCAAACUCUGAGUCUUCUAGCGUAACAGACACACUUCAUACACACAUACUCGUUUACCAUACUGAGUGGGCACCCCCUCCCCUCUCUGCUCCACCAACCUCCAGCCCGCACACUGACUGACAGCGUAGCCUGUAAACAGAGCUCAGCUGUUUAUUUAGCCUAGCAAUAUCUCUGGACUAUAGUCGCUGCAAUGGACGACUUUGAACGCGAUUUUGAAGAGUUUCUUGUAGCGGACACAGACCCAGAGCCAUACCUGUUUGAGCCGGAGCAUACAGAUGAGGAACUCCAUGUGUUUGAUGCUGAGCGGGCGAGAAGAGAGGCUGAAUGCACAGAAUGGGAUUCGGUGCUACUGCUACCAUCGUUGGGGAGAUAUAUCAUCAGGAGGAAAAGCGCCGCAGAGAGUGCAUCACAAGGAGUGAAGUUGCGUCUUCUUCUUCUUUUCCUCACAGAUGGCAGUUCAGGUUCAUUCUCUCCCGUUGCGUUGUAAGUGUGGUCCAUUCGCAAACUUUAUAACUAAAAAAACUUUUCACUAUUCUCUAUCGACAAACUACUAACACUCUCUGCUGUUUCCUCCUCCUUCUUCCUUCCUUCCGCUGUCUUCGUUGGUUCAUUUAUACACGCGAAACGCGUUCUCUGGCUGGCUGGAUUGUCCACUCGGUCUGCCGUACAUACAUGGCGGUGCAAGAUGGCGACCUCUCUAAAGCAAGGCCCUUGCUAUAUAUAUAUAUAUAUAUAUAUAUAUAUAUAAAAGCAUAAUUAUAAGGCUACGAAAACCAAACGAAUUUUAUUUUAUGGCAAUUAUACACUUAUAUAAACAUAUUAAUGGGUAGAAUAUUCAGAUUCAGAUUGACAAUAAACCAUGCCAAAUAUUACACACUGGCCCUUUAAGGGCUUUAACCGCCUGGGAAACGUGAGGUCGGAUUCUGGGCGCUACUUUUGUGCCUUUUUUUUGUGCCAGCUUUCAAGAGCACAGCGGCAGGUUGCGUCAACCUUAACAAUCAUAUCCUGUUCACCUGAAAUCCUGAGUGCAGAGCUGAUCUUCUUCCAGGAGCUGUUUAUAAGUGUGUAGGCCUGUCGUCUGUGGGACAGAUGUAAAGCUCUGGGUGGCCCUGCACUAACAUGAUCAACUUCAUAUUUAUCACAGGCUGAUAUGUACGGAUGAAGGGAAAGAUACUGUAUCUGAAGCUGUGAUUGGUUGGUCCUCGUCACAUGUCAUGUGGUGCAUGCUGCUGCAUUCAUAAAGUUAAAUGCUGUUUAUCCUAGGGCACAAAAAUGCGCACUGCUUGAGCACACCUGCCGCUCUUCUAUAUUGAAAACAAUGAUUUUUAAGGUGCAAAAGGGUUGUGCACAGCAUUUUAGAUUGGUUUCCAGUGAAAUUUGAGUUUGUAUUAUGACUUCAUAUUGCUGUUGCUGCUCUAGAAACAUUUAGUUAUAAAAUAUUCAGUUUUAAUCCUGUUCUGAAUUUAUUCCCUUUUUUCAAAUAAUUUCUUGUAAAAGUUACACUAUUAGUUCUCUGAGAAUCUCUUUCACAUACUAGCAAAAACUGGUAUUGUAACUGAAAUAUCCCCAAUCGAAUCGAUAUCAAAUAGAAUCGAAUUGAAUCGGGACCUUGUGAAUCUAAAUGGAAUCUAUUCAGGAAAUCAGUGGUGAUACCCAGCCCUAGUCACUACAGUACUUGUGAAUAGUGAACUUAUCAUUUUGGGAUGAUCCUCAGCACAUGAUGAGAUUUCAGAACAGUUGAAACUGCUUAUAGUGAUCACAGGUCGUAUUCAUCACUAUAAACAGAUGAUUAUUUUCCUUAUUUCUCACACAGGUUACCAUCUCAUUGACAUGUGCAGUUUAUAUUUAUGACAUGAAUAGAAAAUAAAAAGCACAGCUUCGCCAUUUACUGAUUUUUUUUGACUGUUUAAAGGGCCAGUGUGUAAAAUGGGUUGAAAACAGUGACAUAUAGCAUUUAGAUUCUAGAUUGCAGCGCUCACUCGCUCGCCUGUGCUCACCCCUCCCGUCUGCAAAGUUAGGGUGGCCUCCGAGGAUAACAAAAGUGGAUUCACCGCACACAGGGCUUGAAUUGAAUUGCUUCUUAUUUUAUUAAUCAGUCUACAAAACAACGCGUUUCACCCAUGGCUUCAUCAGGUUUGUUACACAGUCCACAGCACAGGUGAUCUGAAAUAGGCUGCAGCUGUACUGAAUCCAAUCAGCAGGGUACACAGGAGUAACAUUACUGCUAUCCUAUUGUCUGUUAUGCCUUUGACAUAAGACUAAAAUUUUCACAAGUGUUUUACAGUAAUUGCUCUACCUGGAGAUGAUGUAACGUUAUGAACUCUCCUCCUCACUACCUACUUGUCGAGUCCGACACGUAACGCUAUCAUACUACGUGCUGACAAAUAGUAGCACUUAUUUUAGUAGUUUACCUGUCCAGCAGAAAACAUGCCACUUCAGCGUUGGAUUGAAGCCAUUUGUCCUUCAUGAACCCCCUCCAUCGCUGAAAAACAUCACUGAUGUUUAUUCUCUGCCGUCACUUAUCCCGUUUUCUUUGCCCCUCUUUGCGUCUUCUUUUCCUCGCAGAUGAUGGUUCGGGUUCAUUCUCUCCUGUUGCGUGGUAAGUGUGGUCCAUUCGCAAACUUUAUAACUAAAAAACCUUUUCACUACUCUCUAUCGACGAACACUCUGCUGUUUCCUCCUCCUUCUUCCUUCCUUCCACUGUCUUCGUUGGUUUAUUUAUACACGCGAAACGCGUUCUCUGGCUGGCUGGAUUGUCCACUCGGGCUGCCGUACAUACAUGGCGGCGCAAGAUGGCGACCUCUCUAAAGCAAGGCCCUUGCUAUACAUAUAUAUAUAAUAUAAUAUAUAUAUAUAUAUAUAUACAUGUAUAAAAGCAUAAUUAUAAGGCUACGAAAACCAAACGAAUUUUAUUUUAUAGCGAUUAUACACUUGUAUAAACAUAUUAAUGAGUAGAAUAUUCAGAUUCAGAUUCAGAUUGACAAUAAACCAUGCCAAAUAUUACACACUGGCCCUUUAAAAUACAGCACAACUGUUUCAUUCCAUGACCGGGCAUUAUCACAUGACAAGGUCAGCUUUAAUCGCAGGUGCUUUUUCUGUGUGUAUUCAUUUUCUGUCUCCAUGACUAGCAGCUGUAAAAAACUUUCUUUUAUCUGUCAUGAUUUCAAUGUGCACGCGGCACCAGCCUCAGGUGGUCAGUGAAGUAAAAUAAUAAUAAUACAUUUAACCUAGGUUUAAAUUAAUUCUCUAGAAGUUCUCAUGUAUGUGGAUGUGGACGACUUGAUUACUGUUAGCAAAUUAUUUAACAGUGUUUGUAAAGGAACGAUUGUGUCCCAAGCUUUUUGAGGUAGAUCACUGUAACUGUGAUCAUUUUUCACAGUAUAAUUCCACUGCAGUGCAUUUUGUUUACUCCUGAAGGAUGCAAUAUAGUCAGUGCCUUUCUUUAUUGAUGUAACAAACAUUUUUAAUAUUUCUGUGUUUUUAUUAAACAGGAGUUUGUACAAUGGAGACAAACUAUUUUAUAUUAGUACUUUAAAGUUAAGUAAAAAUGAAUUUUCUGUGUGUUGUGUCAAACCUUCUUUUUAUUGACAUGUUUCCUCUGAUGUUGCACCACAUGUGAGGAGAGUGCCAAGAUGUAUGUAUUAUGACAAAAGUCAGUGUUUGACUUUGUAUUUGUCUGAAACGUUCAUCAUGCAAAUGAUCAAACAGGAUUUUUCAUGUCAUUCCACAGUAUUUCAGGUAUGAAUCAGUUGCACUCUCUCUCUCUGUGUCUCACUCUUCUGAUCUGUCGCCGGUGGAUGUUUGUUUUUAAAAUAAAAUAUAUAUGUACAUCUUUAAA